AUGUCUCCUGCUUUGAUUCGUACAAGACAGUCGCCUGAGCCUGUACAAGAAUUCAUCAAACGUCGAAAGCUCAGCUCUGCUCGUGCUUUCAACACCGCCAACAUGUCCACAAGUUCUCGUGUUUUGGAGCUCACCGAAGUUGAGGAAAACCUGCGCACUCUCCUAAUCGAUGUUGCCAAAUACAUUGAUAACUCUCCCGGACAUGCUUCAGAAAGUCAAGUUCCCCUUCCUGAUGAGCUCGCGAAACAACCUCUUGUUCUGAGAUGGACCGGUGGUUGGGUCCGUGACAAACUUCUCGGUGUUGCGAGCCAUGACAUUGAUGUGGCCAUUAACAAGAUGACUGGUUUCCAAUUCGGUCUGAGACUGAAGGAGUACCUUGAGAUUCCUGGAAAUCCCGAAAAAUAUGGCCUAGAGGGUGUGGCUAGUAACGAGUCUCAAUCAAAAAAGGCCGAAUCUGGAAAGAGCAAAAUCGUUGGCGGCCUACACAAGAUCGAAGCAAACCCGGAAAAGUCGAAGCACUUGGAAACUGUCACAACAAAAAUCCUGGGUCUCGAUAUCGAUCUGGUCAACCUACGCAAGGAGACAUAUUCCGAAGACAGCAGAAACCCUCAGAUGGAAUUUGGCACCCCUGAAGAAGAUGCUCUUAGACGUGAUGCGACCGUCAACGCCAUGUUCUACAACAUCACCACUCGUGAGAUUGAGGACUUCACCGGUAAAGGCCACAGCGAUAUGGCUCAGAACAUCAUUCGCACACCACUCGAACCUUACCAAACCUUCAAAGACGACCCCCUUCGUGUUCUGAGAUUGAUCAGAUUUGCCAGCAGACUCAACUACACCAUCGAGUCCGAGGCAAGGAAAUGGAUGAAGGAUGCCGAGAUCAAGAGUGCUCUCCAAGCAAAGAUCAGUCGUGAGAGAGUGGGAGUAGAAUUGGAAAAGAUGCUGAGAGGUCCUGAUCCACUCAUGGCUCUGAACCUGAUUGACCAGCUCACCCUCUACUCUACCAUCUUCUCGGACCCUGUUCAGGACCAGAGCAAGGUCUACACACCGGAUACGGACAACUGGACUACCGUCAUCAACUUUGUUCAGGAGAUUCUUUCGUCCAAGACCGGCGACAUCCUGGUUCGUGAUGCAGAAGAAAGAUAUCUUGUAUGGCUCUUGUCGGCAAUGGUCCCUUACAGAGAUGCUCCCUCCCCUCCACAAAUCGAGGGCAAGAAGCCGCCACCCCCUAUUGCCACCACUGUCGCACGCGAAGGCUUCAAGGCUACCAAUAACGUAUGCACAGUCAUCACCAAUUCCAUCAAGAAUCACUCCGAAAUCUCAAUGAUGGUAAGCAACUCUUACGGACGAAAGCGCCCAGCACGUGAAGAGUUGGGAAUGGCCAUUCGCCGCUGGGGUUCUACAUGGAGAUCACAGACAGCCUUCGCCCUGCUAGUCAACGUUGCCGAUGAGCCGUCUGCUGCCAACUCUCAUCUUUCUGCAUUCUCCAACUUCCUCGAGUACGUUCAUGAGCUGGACCUUCUCGACGUCCACGCGCUCAAGCCUAUCCUUGAUGGUAAAGCCUUGACCAAAGCUCUCGGCGUGCCAACUGGCCCAUGGAUGAAGGACGCCCUCGACGUAGUCAUGCGCUGGCAACUGCGUAACCCUGGCAAGAAGGACACUGCCGAAGCUGUUGAAGAAGUCCGCAUCGCCAAAGACCAAUCCCCAACUCCUGGUGAGCUCACAGCAGACCUCAUGACAUAUUUCCUCCAGCUUACCAUUCGCCCGCUGUUUGUAAAGACACAAACACAGCAGGUAACAAGUCAAGGGCGUAAGGUGCAAACCACCGUCCUACCUAAAAAGUUUGAGCGAAAUCAGGAAGAAAAGACAUGGAAAGGAAGAGAUAGUUACGCACUAGACUUGCUUCGAUGGGUCAUCGUUGCUGCAGAUGCUAGUCUGGUGGAAAAGAACUGGCACGCGAUAGUGCCACCGUUACUCAGCAUUCUUGACGAUGUCGACACGGAAUACAAAGCUCAAGGUUGCGAACUGCUGAAAAUGUUACUGGACAAGACACCGCCAUCUUUGUUGAAACGCACUGGUCUGGGAGAAGUUUUUGAAGAAGUCCUGAUGCCGUGUCUAGGCUACCUACCUAAUCUGACACCUGAAGACCAAAGUGCUCGUCUACUUACUGUCGCCUACCCUGCUCUCCUAUCACUCUCUGCUGCUCUGGACGACUCUUUGACCGCUCAAAACUCGCAGAAGCCAUCUCAACGGCUGAAGCUACUAGACAAUUUGGUCCGCAAAGGUGUCUUGAUGACCUUUACCUACUGUCCGGAACAUGCCAAAGUCACCACAGUCACAACCUCAAGUCUAUCUGCCAUUCUCAGCUCGCUAGGUUUGGAUUCUAUCAAACAUCUUCCUUUCAUUCUACCCAUGCUUUCUUCCAUCCUUACACACCCUUUCGUCACUGCUUCUCCACCUCUUUUGCUUUCGUCGAUCAAAGCAUUGCAAGCGAUCAUCCUUAACACAUGGCCCAGGAUGCACGUUCACAAGACAGAAAUCUUGAAAUGUGUGACGGUUCCGUGGAUAAGGAUGCAAGAGGAGCAAGUAAAGGGAGAAGACUUUGACAAGAUCAAGGAGGAGUGUAAGGUUGUGUUCGAGAUGCUUAGAGAUGCUCUCCAGGAACAUGCUGAUGAGUUUCAAGAAGACGUCGAAGAGUUGAUCAAAGUGGAUCCGAGAUUGGCAGGGUUGUUCGCUGGCUAG